UUGUCAUGGCACACCUGGAUAGACUAGAGACAUCAUCCUGUGGCUCUCAACUUCCUUCAUAGCUCCCUGGGGCGAACAUGGGAAGCUAAACGCUGGGUAUACCAGGCGACGCGAUUGGAGCAGGGAUGUGUAGGUGUGGUGUAUAUGUACCUGACAAGGGUAAAAGUGGAAGGAUGUGUGAGACGACUUCGUCAAUCUUGAAUAAAAGCCAAUCCUUAAGACAACAUCACGACAACCUACAGUCCUUACAACCUUCAACAACUCUCGCUUCCCUCGAAAGACAACACUUCAAACCCUUCCAAAAUGCAGUCCAAGCUCCUCUUCGCCGCCGCCGCCGCCACCGGCGCAAUGGCAAUCGACAUGUCCGGCUCCCUCCCCCGCGUCCUCCGCCGCGCCGGUAACGACGCUCUUGAAGCCCGCGACGAGACCGCCUGCGCCUCCGUCUACAUGGCGCACUCCACCAUCAUCGACGACUUCCCCGCCCUGCCCACCGCCCUCGCCACGGAGACCGGCUUCGACAUUCCUCAAAUCACCGACCCCUGCGUCAUGCCCUCUAUCACGGGCGCCGCCGGCCAAAUCAUCACCUCCUACUCCUCAGCCCUCCAGUCCUGGCAGGACGCCCACAUCACCGAGAUCCGCGAGCUCUACUCCGCCUGCAGCGACGUCCCCGAGGUCGCUUCCGCCCUGAACUCGUACGGUAGCGCCGUCUGCUCUACCGCCCUUGCCGAUCUUACCAGCGCCGAUGCUACUGCCACUGCCACCGGCACCGGCUCCGCUGCCACCGCUACGGGCACGGCUUCUGGCUCGGCUUCCGUCACUGCUACCGCCUCUGGCUCCGGCUCGUCUGCCUCCGCUUCUGGUGCUUCUGCUUCCGGUAGCGCUGCUUCUACCACUGCCGCCGCUGCUGCUGCCGCUCCCCGCGAGACUGGACUCUUUGUCGCUGCCGCCGCCGCUGCCGCUGGCAUUGUCGGUGCUAUUGUCCUGUAAAUGGGUUCUUGACUCUUUCCACCACCGACAAACCCUGUUGAGGACCUUCCGAGAUCCAGUAGAUGGUUUGAUGGGGAUAGACCAAGUGUUGAAAAAGGCGCGGGGAAUAAGUACCCACGCGGCGGCCUCACGGAUCAUCGACCUGGCUCGGUUUCAACUGUAUCAUUAAUCACCGGGAGUACCUAUACCCAAUGAGUCAUUUAGAAAGAAAAGUUCCUUCGCAUACAGUUGCCCACC